GCUUCUCCGUAGGAACGCACAGUUGCUGAAGGGGGACAUCGGAAUGAGAGAGUAGGUCCGCGCCGCGCGAAUGCCGCAAAUCACAUCGGCUCUCUCUUGAGAAGAAGCGCUCCCACAUGCGACUGCGAUGUAGCUGGAGGUGAGGGGGGGCGGAAGCUCGUUCUGUGGAGUCGUCGUGGUGGAUUUCUUUUACCCGGGGAAAGAGGAGUGGAAGUCGAACCGAAGUUCGGAGUGGAAGAGCCGGGUGGGGGGGCAAUAUGCUGUCACCGUUUUUAGCGUACUUGGUAGCGAUGCUGCUGCUGUGCCGGAUAGCCUCCUCGCAAUACUCAAGCGACCAGUGCAGCUGGAGGGGAAGCGGACUCACACACGAGUCGCACGCGAGGGACGUCGAGCAGGUCUACCUGCGCUGCUCCCAGGGCUCCCUGGAGUGGCUGUACCCCACGGGAGCCAUCAUCGUCAACCUGCGCCCCAACACCGCCUCCCAGGCCGCCGGCCGCCUGACGGUGUGCAUCAAGCCGUCGGAGGACUCGCGCGGCGCCAACAUCUACCUGGAGAAGGCCGGGGAGCUGCGGCUGCUGCUGAGGGAGCAGGACCAGGCCCUGGGGCAGGUGCACUGCUUCGGCAUCCAGGAGGGGGCGCUCUUCGUGGAGGCCAUCGCGCACCGGGACAUCAGCCGCAAGAUCAUGGCCUUCCAGUACGAGCUGGUCAGCGACAGGCAGGGCGCCGACUUCCGCUCGCUGACCGCACCUUGUCAGCCCUGUAAUGACGCUGAGAUCCUCCUUGCAAUGUGCACCAGCGAUUUCGUGGCACGGGGCAGCAUCCGAGGUGUGGAGGAGGAGGCGGGGCAGUCAGCCGUCACCGUGACGCUAAGCCGGCUCUACAGGCAGAAGAGCCGGGUGUUCGCCUCGGGUGGCGGGCGCACGCGGCACUGGGUGGGGCGGGUGAAGAUGCCCCGCCAGUGCGGGGUGAAGCCCGGGGAGGGCGAGUUCCUCUUCACAGGGAUGGUUCGCUUCGGGGAGGCGUGGCUGGGGUGCGCCCCGCGGUACAAGGACUUCCUGAAGCUGUAUAGGGAGGCAGUGGAACAGGGCACCAACCCUUGCCAAAUGGACACUGAGUGAAGUGACCCAGGCCGAAAACGGGGUCACAAACCGGGCCUCCCCGCGAACUCUGGGCGCUGACCAAGUGCUGAUCCACUAGAGGCGGGAGCGGGGACAGGGUGCACUGGCGACAGACGGACAGACAGACUCCCAUAUUGACACAGACGUUCGCCUGCACCCAUUCCCCAGACAUCCACCCCCCCCCCACCUCACCCCAACCCCGCCAUCCCUAACCGCUCUGUGUGACAGAGGCCGAAGCUCUUAAAUGUUGCCAAGCAGCACGAUCAAGUUGGACCCUUUUAUUAUUUUUUUUGUUUCUCUCUCUAAAGCCAACGUCCAUCCGCUCUGGAACGUCUUAAGACCGCCGCUCUCAGAAGAGGACCGCCAACGCCGCUGCCGCUGGCCAAUCGAAUGGGUCCUGCAGCAGGCACUGGCGUGGGUAGUGUGAAAAUGUGAAAGAACAUUGUGAAUGGGAGGUUGCCUGUGCUUUGUAAAAAGCUUGAUGUACAGUGUGAAGUUGUUUCUUAUGAAAGAAAUGUG